AUGUAUUCAACUGGAUCUUCUUUUUCGACUUCAUUGGCCAUAGGUGAUUUUAACAAUGACAAUCGCCUAGACAUUAGUGUAGCUAACGAUGAAACUAACAGCAUAAGUGUGUUAUUAGGUUAUGAUGAAGGCUUCGCUAAUCUAACAACGUAUUCAACUGGUUCUUCUCCACGUUCUGUAGCUAUUGGUGAUUUUAACCAUGACGAUCGCUUGGAUAUUGUCGUCACUAACCAGUAUGGGCAAACUCUAAGUGUACUUCUUGGAUAUGGUGAUGGUUCUUUUGCAAAUCAAAUGACAUACCCUACUGGUUCUUCGCCAUACUCUGUAGCUGUUGCUGAUUUAAAUAACGACACCCGAUUGGAUAUUGUGGUUGCCAAUAACGGUGACCAGGAAAUAGGUAUACUUCUCGGAUAUGGUAACGGCUCAUUUGCCAAUCAAAUAACGUAUUCAACUGUCUCUUCUACUAAUCAUAUGCCAUAUUAUAAUGGCUCGCAGCCCUACUUUGUAGCUAUUGCUGAUUUUAAUAAUGAUAACAGACUAGAUAUUGUCGUCGUCAAUAAGGGUGACGACAAUAUAGGCAUAUUUCUCGGAUAUGGUAAUGGUUAUUUUGCUAGUCAAACAACGUUUUCAACUGGCUCUGAUCCAUCUUCAGUAGCUGUUGGUGAUUUCAACAAUGACGCUCGAUUGGAUAUAGUCGUUGCUAAUUCUAAUGCCAACAAUAUUAGUGUACUUCUUGGAUAUGGUAAUGGGUCUUUUGCAAAUCAAAUGACGUAUUCAACUGGCUCUAAGCCAUGCUGUGUAGCUGUUGGUGAUUUCAAUAAUGAUACACGACUGGAUAUCGUUGUCGUUAAUCAAAUGUCUCGCGAUGUAGGAGUACUUCUCGGAUAUGGAAACGGUUCAUUUGCAAGACAAGCACUGUAUAAGACAGGUUUAUAUCUACAGUAUGUAGCUGUUGGUGAUUUCAACAAUGACUCUCGACUGGAUAUUGUCGUCGCUUAUAGCUAUGAUGACAAUAUAGGUAUAUUUCUUGGAUAUGGUAAUGGCUUUUUUUCUAGUCCAACAAGGCUUUCAACUGGCUCUGAACCGAACUCUAUCGCCGUUGGCGAUUUCAAUAAUGACACGCUACUGGAUAUUGUUGUCACUAAUGCUGGUAUUAAUAGUGUGGGUGUAUUGCUUCAUUAUAACAGAGGAACUCUUGCUAAGAAAAUAACAUUUGCAUCUAGUGGUGGUUCUCAUCUGCGUACUGUUGUUACUGGUGAUUUUAAUAACGAUAGCCUAGUAGAUCUUGUUGUUGCUAAUUACGCUACUAAUAACAUAGGUUUCCUUCCGGGACAUGGAAAUGGUACUUUUGGCACAGAAAUGAUGACUUUCAUAGGCUUGGAUUCUUAUCCGUAUGCAAUCGCUAUUGGUGAUUUUGAUAAAGACAAUGAGCUGGACAUUGCAGUGGCUAAUCAUGGUUCUAAUAAUGUCGAUAUCUUUCUUGGAAAUGGAACGGGAAGUUUUGUACGUCAAAUAAAUUAUGAGAACAGCUUUGAUCCUCUCCCAUCGGUUGUCGCCACUGGUGAUUUGAACAAUGACGGAGGAUCGGAAAUUAUUGUCGCAUAUAAUGACACUGACAAUGUACAUAUAUAUGUGCCAUAUGACACAAGCUCUUUUGCGAGUCAAAUGAUUUACUUAACUGGCUCUGAUCCAUACUCUGUAGCAGUUGGUGAUUUCAACAAUGACUCCCGACUAGACAUUGUUGUUGCUAAUAGGCAUGACAAUAAUCUUGGCGUUUUUCUCGGAUAUGGUAACGGCACUUUUGGUACUCAAAUAACGUAUUCAACUGGCGCUACACCAUAUUUUGUGGCUGUUGGUGAUUUCAACAAUGAUGCGCGACUGGAUAUUGUUGUUACUAAUAACAAUGACAAUAAUCUUGGCGUUUUUCUCGGAUAUGGAAACGGCACAUUUGCUACUCAGAUGACGUAUCCAACGAAUUCUUAUCCAGGAUUAACCAGUUGGCCGUGCUCUGUAGCUAUUGGUGAUUUCAACAAUGACGCACGACUGGAUAUUGUCGUCACUAAUAGCGCUGCCAAUCAAGUAGGUAUAUUGCUCGGAUAUGGUAAUGGGUCUUUUGCAAAUCAAAUAAGUUAUUCAUCUAGUUAUUCACCACAGUCUGUAGCUGCUGGUGAUUUCGACAACGACACCUGCAUGGAUAUUGUCGUUGCUAAUUACGACAGUGACAGUAUAGAUGUACGUCUCGGAUAUUGUAAUGGUACUUUUGGUGAUCCAAUAACAUAUUUUACCGAUCGUUUUUCUUUCCUCCGCUCUAUAGCUGUAGGUGAUUUUGAUAAUGACACACGAAUUGAUAUUGUCGUUGCUAAUUAUGGCUACGACAAUAUAGGUGUACUUCUUGGAUAUGGUAAUGGCUCUUUUACAAAGCAAAUCACGUAUUUAACUGGCUCUAGACCAGCAUCUGUAGCUGUUGGUGAUUUCAACAAAGACAACCGAUUGGAUAUCGUCGUUGCUAAUUCAAAUGACAUCAAUGUAAGUGUACUUCUAGGACAUGGUGAUGGCUCUUUUACAAGUCAAAUGACAUAUUCAACAAGAUUCUUGGCAAUGUCGGUAGCCAUUGGUGAUUUCAACGGUGACACUCGUUUAGAUAUUGUGGUGACUAGUUCAGAUGGUAACCGUGUAGGCGUACUUCUUGGAGAUAUCAACUUAGUUUUUGUCAAAAAAAUGACGCUCAACACUGGUCUUGGCUCUCGACCGCGAUCAUUCGCCAUUGGACAUUUUAAUAAUGAUGAUCGUUUAGAUAUUGCUAUUGCUAAUUCAGGCACUAAUAAUGUAGGCAUCUUUCUUGGAAAUAAAAACUUUUAUUUUACAAAUCAAACGAUAUAUGAAACUGGUUCUGCUUCCCGUCCAUAUUCUUUAGCUGCUGGUGAUUUCAACAACGAUACUCAACUGGAUAUAGCCGUCGCUAAUUAUGACAGUAAUACGAUUGGUGUAUUUCUUGGAUAUAGCAAUGGAUCUUUUUCAAAUCAAAAUACGUUUUCAACUGGAGAUUCUUCCGGUCCAUGUUCGGUAGUGGUCACUGAUUUCAACAACGAUACUUUAUUAGACAUUGCUGUAGUCAACUAUGUCACUAGCACUAUAGGCGUACUACUCGGAAUUGGUGAUGGUACUUUUGCAGAUGUAAUUGAGAUCGGAAUAGAAUAUCAAUCUUUGCCUUUCUCUAUAGAUGUGAAUGAUUUCAACAAUGAUGGAAAACAAGAUCUUGUUGUUGCGAAUGAAGGCACUGACAGUUUGAAUAUUUUCUUACAGACUUGUUAA